AUGAAGGAAAGAAGAGCGAGCCAGAAGUUAUCGAGCAAGGCGGUGAUGGAUCCCAACCAGAACGUGAAGUGCAAGAUCGUGGUGGUGGGGGACAGCCAGUGCGGGAAGACGGCGCUGCUCCACGUCUUUGCCAAGGACUGCUUCCCCGAGAGCUACGUCCCCACCGUGUUCGAGAACUACACGGCCAGCUUCGAGAUCGACACGCAGCGCAUCGAGCUCAGCCUCUGGGACACCUCGGGCUCUCCUUACUACGACAACGUCCGCCCGCUCUCCUACCCUGACUCCGACGCUGUCCUGAUCUGCUUUGACAUCAGUCGGCCAGAAACCCUGGACAGUGUCCUAAAAAAGUGGAAAGGGGAGAUCCAGGAGUUCUGCCCCAACACCAAGAUGCUGCUGGUGGGCUGCAAGUCGGACCUGCGCACCGAUGUCAGCACGCUGGUGGAGCUCUCCAACCACAGGCAGACCCCCGUGUCCUACGACCAGGGUGCAAAUAUGGCCAAACAGAUUGGAGCAGCCACAUACAUCGAAUGCUCAGCCUUACAGUCAGAAAACAGUGUCAGAGACAUUUUUCACGUCGCCACCCUGGCGUGUGUGAACAAAACAAACAAAAAUGUGAAACGAAACAAAUCUCAGAGGGCCACAAAGCGAAUUUCACACAUGCCUGGCAGGCCAGAACUGUCCACAGUGGCCACGGACUUGAGAAAGGACAAAGCCAAGAGCUGCACGGUGAUGUGAAGGAGCUGGGAUUUCCUGGAGGAGGAGGAGGAGGAAGAUCCAGGAGGGGUUGGAGCUCAAUGAAGUCACAGCCACAGGGUGUUUAAUGAGGGCUUUGCCAGUGCUUUCAUGGAGACUUCUCCUGCUGUGUGAGACUGUACUUAAGGACUGAGCAGCAGGAAGAAAAGGCUCUGAGAGAGGUGGCAUCAGGAAUUUCUGUUUGAAGACAAUGCCAAAAAAAUAAUAAUAAAAGGGAAAACGUUUGAAUGUGCUGAGAGAAGAGAGAGUGAUUGGGAAAAUAACCCUGCAAAGGAGAGAUGUGAUGGACAGUGCUUGUUUCUUUUAGUAAUGCUCUGCUCCUGGAUGCUACCACUUUGAUUUCAUUCAAAUAAUACUUUAAUGGGAUAUUUUUUUUUUUAAUGAAGACGUUAUUAACACGCCCCUUCUCAUUAAGGAACUAUCCCCGUGACCUUAGAGUUGGUUUUCCAAAGGAUUUGAUCUCAUUUUUUUUAGUAGCUGAUUGUGAAAAUGGAGAGGAUA